UUUCCUAAUUCCAAGCUUGCUUGUCUAAACUCGCAUUCCCGUGUGAUCAAAGCUAGCUGUCAAAGAUUGCCAUUUCGUUCUCGAAAGCGAGGUGCCCUCCCACCUCAGCCGACUGCUUUUCCGUUUCUCAAACCAAGACCUCCUCCUCUUGAUCGCUUGCUGACGGCUACUUCCUGAUCCCAUCCACGAGCCCCCUUCUCCACUUUCUCGUCCCUUUAGAUCGAGUAGCGAUAAGCCUCCUCUCCUCUCUCUAUUGCAUGCCCUCGCCAUUGAUGAGAUGGGUUUCUUGGAGACGGGCGUUCCCCUGAAGCGGACCGCCCCUCUCCUCCACUCUUCGUCCGCCGCCGGCAGACGGCCGCGGUUGAGAUCCAGGGUACCCCGCUUCCUCAUCAAGGUCCAUUACCUACACUGGGCCUUAGCGGUCGCCGUUUUCUUCCUCGUGGUCGUACUGUUCCAGGCCUUCCUCCCGGGUUCCGCGGUCGAGGGCCCGCCCCAGCAGUGGGGCUCGGUUCUUGAAGGGGUUGGUGAUCUAGACUAUGGGGAUGGGAUCAAGUUCGUGCCGACCGAGCUGGUCCAGAGGUUGGAGCGGGAGAAUCAAGAAGCAAACGCGUCGGCUAUGGCCUUUGGGGAACCGCUGAAGCGGUUUCCGCUGCGGAAUCCGCAGCUUGCGGUGGUUGUUCCGGAUCUAUAUCCGGAUGCCAUGCAGCUCAAGAUGGUUAGCAUUGCUGCUGCUCUGAAAGAAAGUGGGUUUGACAUUCAGGUUUUUUCAUUUCAUGAUGGGCCUGCUCGCAUUGUGUGGAGGUCGAUGGGAAUUUUCGUUAAGGUCCUGCCUAUUGUAACAAAUCCAGAAACCACUGUAGAUUGGUUAGACUACAAUGGCAUUCUUGUGAAUUCUAUUCAGGCGAGACCUGUUUUCUCAUGUCUUUUGCAGGAGCCUUUCAGAUCUGUACCUGUCAUAUGGACAAUCCAUGAAAGUUCCCCUGCACUUCGUCUAGAUGAAUAUUCUAAGAAUGGACAAUUUCAGCUUGUAAAUGAAUGGAAGCAAGUUUUCAGCAGAGCUACUGUUAUUGUUUUUCCGACCCAUUCCAUGCCGAUGAUGUAUUCAACAUUUGAUACGGGUAACUUUAUGGUUAUUCCUGGUUCUCCUGCUGAAGCAUGGGAGGCAGAUAAUUUUGUCGCCAUGCAAAAAGACCGUAUAUUGAGAGAGAGUAUGAGUUCUACAUCAGACAACUUUCUCAUUGUUGUUGUUGGCAGUCAAUUUUCAUAUAGUGGCAUGUUGCUAGAGCAUGCCCUCGUCUUGGAAGCAUUGAGACCACUGCUCCAAAAGUUUCCUUCCUCAAACUCUUUUUAUUCACUACUGAAAGUUCACAUUUUGGGUUGGAACUUCACUAGUGCAUACAAGAAGGCUCUUGAGGUGAUUGCUGAAAAGGUUGGCUACCCAGGUAGCAUUGUGGAACAUAUUGUCAUUAAUGGUGACACUAACAGAUAUCUCGGUGUAGCAGACCUAGUAAUAUAUGGAUCAUUUCUUGAGGAGCAAUCCUUUCCAAAUAUUCUAAAGCAAUCUAUGAGUCUGGGGAAGUUAAUUGUUGCUCCUGAUCUGAACAUGAUUAGGAAAUAUGUUGAUAAUAAAGUCAAUGGAUAUCUUUUUCCAAAGGAGAACAUUAGUAUGCUUACUCAGAUUCUACUUCAAGCAACUUCAAAUGGAAAGUUAUCUCUACUUGCUCAGAGAGUUGCAUCUGUUGCGAAAGGGUAUGCCAGAAACCUCAUGGCUUCUGAAGCUAUUCAAGGCUAUGUAUCAUUGCUAGAAAAAGUUCUCAGGUUUCCAUCAGAAAUUAUGCCUCCUAAGGCUGUUGAACAGAUCCCUCCAGAAUUCAAGAUGCAAUGGCAGUGGGAACUGUUUGCCAAUGUAAGAGGAGAAGACCAUCUAAAUAGCAGUUUUAGAAGCCAUAAAUAUUUAGAUACUCUUGAGGAGCAGUGGAAUCAUAGUCAAAUGCAAAGCUCUGCUAACACUAAAUCAAAGGUUGAUGAAGCAUUGAUCUCCAUAGAAUGGGAGGAAGAGAAAAAAAUUGAGAUGAUGGGUGCUGGAAAAAUAACAGAAGAGGAGUUGGACAGAAGUGAUCAGCCUCAUGGAUUAUGGGAGGAAGUUUACAAGAACGUCAAGAGAGCUGAAAGAGCAAGUAAUGAAUUGCAUGAGAGAGAUGAGAGGGAGCUUGAGCGGACAGGUCAGCCUCUAUGUAUAUAUGAACCUUAUUUUGGUGAGGGAACAUGGCCUUUUCUACAUCAGACUUCACUUUAUCGUGGAAUCAGCCUUUCCUCUGUAGGUCGGAGACCUGAAGCUGAUGAUAUAGAUGCUUCUUCUCAUCUUCCAAUCCUCCGUGAUGGAUAUUACCGAGAUGUGCUUGGUGAAUAUGGAGCUUUUUUCACUUUGGCUUACCAAAUUGACAGUAUACACAAGAAUGCCUGGAUUGCGUUUCAAUCUUGGAGAGCUUCAGCUAGAAAGGUCAGCUUGUCUAGAAAAGCUGAGACUCAACUCCUGGAGGCCAUUGAACACCAAACCCAUGGUGAUGCCCUUUACUUUUGGGUCCGAAUGGAUAAAGAUCCAAGAAAUCCUCAGAACCUGAAUUUUUGGAGGUUUUGCGAUACCAUAAAUGCUGGUAACUGCAGAACCGCCGUCUCCGAGGCUUUUCGAAGGAUGUAUGGUGUAGGUGAUGAUUGGAGUUCUUUGCCACAGAUGCCUGAUGAUGGUGAUUCAUGGUCUGUGAUGCAUAGCUGGGCUUUGCCGACAAGGUCUUUCCUGGAGUUUGUCAUGUUCUCAAGAAUGUUCAUAGAUGCAAUGGAUACAAAGAUAUACGAUGAGCAUCAUCAAAGUGCUAGCUGUUACCUGAGUACAUCUAAGGACCGGCAUUGCUAUGCUCGUGUGCUGGAGCUGCUCGUGAAUGUAUGGGCGUACCAUAGUGCACGGCACAUGGUAUAUGUCGACCCCGAAUCUGGAUCGAUGGUGGAAUAUCACAGGCCGAAGAGCAGGAGAGGUAAGAUGUGGAUCCAGUGGUUUUCAUAUUCAACGCUGAAGAGCAUGGAUGAGGAUCUUGCAGAAGAAGCCGAUGCGGAUCACCCAGACCGAAGGUGGCUGUGGCCUUCCACAGGCGAAGUCUUCUGGCAGGGGACAUAUGAGAGAGAGAUGAACAAGCAGCAGAGGCAAAAAGAAAGAAAGAAACAAGAAACGAAAGAUAGAAUUCAAAGAAUAAAGAAACGGACACGGCAAAAAACACUAGGAAGAUACGUAAAGCCACCACCCGAGAGAUCUGGUUACCGGAACACUUCUGGAACUAUUUGACACAUUUUGGAUCUUACAGGAUAUCUCCUGAUUCUUUUGCCCCAUUCGUGUCAUAUUUGUUUCCGUCUUGUUUUUUGGCUGAAAAGAAAGAUAAAGCAGUCUUUCAUUUUUCUUCCUUUUUGGCAUUAAAGAUGAUUCUUGGAUCA